CAGUGCUGCAGUGGUGGUUUACGACAUCACGAACCGCGCUUCCUUCAUCAACACUACAAAGUGGAUCGAAGAUGUCAGGGCAGAGCGCGGCAAAGACGUCGUCAUCGCCUUAGUCGGCAACAAAACGGACUUGAGCGACCGCCGCCAAGUGUCGCCUGAGGAAGGGGAGCAAAAGGCUCGCGAGCAAGGAAUUUUAUUUAUUGAGACAAGUGCAAAGGCCGGCCAUAAUGUGAAAACCCUUUUCAGGAAGCUGGCUGCUGCUUUGCCCGGCCUUGAAACGCAGCAGUCUGCAUCAGAUGCCCAGACUGAACGCGACCCCACAGCAGCAGGAUUUGUCUCGCAAGGCAUCUGGCUGCUGGUGCGGAAGGAGCAGCAGCAGCAGCAGCAGCAGCAGCAGCAGCAGCAGCAAGAACGGUCCCGCUAA